UUCUCCCUUUAUUCCUAUCGGAGGAAGCAAACCAACAGAAGCAUAGUCGUCGUCAUCACCACCCAAAAAUCUCAGUGAAAGCUUCACACCCUUUUUUUUUUUUUUCUUCUUCUUCUUCUUCAUCUUUGAAAUCUCUCUCUAUUCUUCAACCCUUUCUCACAAAAUUCCAAAAUUUGUCUUCCCAGGCACACGCCCCAGGUAUUUGAAUAAUCUUCCACACCCUUUUCCUGUUAUUUCAAGAAACCCCUCUUUUUCUUAAUUUCGAAUCGGAAACCCUAGACCCCAUAACCCCAAUUUCCGCCUCCGCAAUUAGCUUCCGAACUUCGGGGGAAAGCCCAAAAAUAAAAUAAAUUUGGGAUGUCGCCCCGCAAACCCUAGUUCUGGAUCUUGCUUCGGAGUUCAAAUUUUGGCGCUUUUUCUUGCAUUAGAUAUGGGCUGGGGUUACAAUUCUGUCUACUACAGAAUGAUUGAUCACAACAAGUUUAUAUUCUAGUUUGAAGAAUUGGCCCUAAUCAUAUAGUUUAGCUAUUACAGCUACUUGAGGUAUGAUGCCGAGGGCAGUAUGCUGGUCAUAGUUGGGGGAAAUGCAAAGGUAUCAUGCUGGCAGCUGCACUAGUGCAGUUAAUAACAACACAAUCGGAGGGCCAUCUGCUAGGGACACAGGAAGAUCUGAUUCACCUUCUUUGCCAGCUAACUUCUCUGUUAGUUCAAGGCGGCAACCACCAUUAAACCCAUACAAGUUGAAGUGUGAUAAAGAACCCUUGAACUCUAGGCUUGGGGCACCAGACUUUCAUCCCCAAACGCCAAAUUGUCCUGAGGAGACUCUUACCAGAGAAUAUUUGCAAUCUGGAUACAGGGAUACAAUAGAAGGACUUGAGGAAGCCAGAGAAAUUUCACUGACCCAGGUUCCGAAUUUUAACAAGCAAAUUGUUCUUAAUUGCAAAGAGGCUAUUAGAAAACGUCUGAGGGCCAUCAAUGAAUCUCGUGCUCAGAAGAGGAAGGCUGGUCAAGUAUAUGGUGUGCCUCUUUCAGGAUCACAACUUGCCAGGUCAGGCGUUUUCCCUGAACUAAGGCCUUGUGGUGAGGACUUCCAGAAGAAAUGGAUUGAGGGUUUAUCUCAACAGCACAAGCGAUUACGCACUUUGGCCGAUCAUGUUCCUCAUGGUUAUAAAAGGACAUCACUUUUAGAGGUUCUUAUCAGGAACAAUGUUCCAUUGCUGAGGGCCACCUGGUUUAUCAAGGUUACUUACCUCAAUCAGGUUCGACCCGGAUCUGCUGGUAUUUCUUCUGGGACUGCUGACAAGAUUCAGCUGUCUCGUUCCGAUGUUUGGACCAAAGAUGUUAUCAAUUACUUGCAAACUCUUCUGGAUGAAUAUUUAUCAAAGAAUGCUUCCCAUUCUGCUUCUCAUGGUCGAGAGCGAUCACCACAAAUGCCUUAUACUGGAUCAUUGCAGAAUAAAAGUGAACCAUUAUUAUCUGUUUCUGAUGGUGAAAGGCCAUCCUUACAUUUUAGAUGGUGGUAUAUUGUGCGUCUACUGCAAUGGCAUCAUGCUGAAGGGCUGCUUCAUCCUUCUCUUGUCAUUGAUUGGGUGUUUAAUCAACUACAGGAAAAAGAACUGCUUGAGGUUUGGCAGCUGUUAUUGCCUAUUAUUUAUGGUUUUUUAGAAACUAUUGUUCUAUCUCAAACUUAUGUACGAACUCUUGCUGGAUUAGCUCUUCGUGUCAUUCGUGAUCCUGCUCCAGGUGGUUCAGAUCUAGUAGAUAAUUCCAGGAGGGCAUAUACAACUUAUGCACUGAUUGAGAUGCUCCGAUAUUUAAUACUUGUGGCACCAGAUACUUUUGUUGCUUUGGAUUGCUUUCCAUUACCAUCCUCUGUAAUUUCACAUAUAAUGAAUGAUGGGAGAUUCGUACUAAAAUCAACUGAAGCUGCUGGGAAGAUUAAAAAUAGUUCAGAUGAUUUUGGUCACAUUAUUUCAUGCAUUCAGAAACAUACAGAAGAUCUUGCAAAGGCUGCAAGCCCAGGCUAUCCAGGUAAUUGUCUGGCUAAAGUUGCAAAAGCCUUGGAUAAAGCUCUUGUGCUGGGUGAUUUGCGUGUGGCAUAUAAAUUUCUUUUUGAAGAUCUUUGUGGUGGAACUGUAUCUGAAGGCUGGGUUGCAAAAGUCAGCCCUUGCUUAAGGUUAUCUCUGAAAUGGUUUGGGACUGUAAAUACACCCCUUAUAUAUUCAGUGUUUUUCCUUUGUGAGUGGGCAACUUGCGAUUUCAGGGAUUUCCGUUCUACCCCUCCUCGUGACAUAAAGUUUACAGGUAGGAAAGAUAUUUCCCAAGUGCACAUAGCAGUUAGACUUUUAAAGAUGAAGAUGAGGGAUGUGAAGAUUUCCCUAAAACAAACAAAUGAAAUUCACCGAGCCAGUCAUUUUGCAAAGAAUUCAAGUCAGCGGCGUAAUUGGAAUCAUGUGGGUAAUUGGAAUUAUGUGGGUAAUGUAUCCAAAUUGAAAUCUAGCUCAAAAAGUAAAGGUUCUUCAGUUAUAUUUGAAAGCCCGGGUCCUCUACAUGAUAUUAUAGUUUGUUGGAUUGAUCAGCAUGUGGUGCAUAAAGGGGAAGGUCCUAAGCGCCUACAUCUAUUUAUAGUGGAACUCAUACGUGCUGGAAUCUUUUACCCUUUGGCAUAUGUACGCCAACUGAUAGUGAGUGGGAUCAUGGAUGUGAAUGUAAAUGUGGUUGACCUGGAGCGACGGAGGAGACACUAUCGCAUCUUAAAGCAGCUACCUGGAUGCUUUAUCCAUGAUGUUUUGGAAGAAUCAGGGAUUGUUGAAGGGCAACAGCUCAAAGAAUCCUUGCAAAUUUACUUGAAUGAACGCCGCCUCAUACUUCGGGGUCCACUGAGUGACCCCCAUGAUGACGCCAGUGGCACCAAUUUAUCUGCUCUAAAGAAAAAACAAUUUCCAGCUUCUACAAAGGAUGAAGCUUCUGCAGUGACAAUUGAUCAGAAGAGGAGAACUGUUAUUUCUACCACAGUAUCUUCUAAUAAUGCAAAGGAUAAUGCUACUGUUGAAGAACUAAAAACAGCUAUCUCAGUACUGUUACAGCUACCUAAUUGUUUAUCUAAUUUGAGCACUACAGGUUGUGAUGAUUCUGAUGGCAGUGUUAGAAGACCUAUUGGGUCUCAUUACAGCAAGAAUGAUCCAGUGGAGGGUACACCUGGGUGUGAAGAAUGUAGCAGAGCAAAGAGACAAAAGUUAAGUGAGGAAAGAAGCUCAUUUGUUCAAGGGCAUUCUCCAGUUCAAUCUGAUGAUGACGAUACAUGGUGGAUGAAAAAGGGAAUGAAAUCCCUAGAGCCUACCAAAGUUGAUCAGCCACAAAAGUCAACCAAGCAGGUCACCAAGAGUCGGCAGAAGAAUGUGCGUAAAACUCACAGUCUUGCUCAACUGGCAGCUUCUAGAAUUGAGGGUAGCCAAGGGGCGUCAACUAGUCAUGUGUGUGGUAACAAGGUAAGCUGCCCCCACCAUAGAACUUCUGUGGAUGGAGAUGGGCAGAGGUCUGUGGAUAGCAUCCGGACAAGUCAUUUUGGGGAUAUAGUUUCCAUUGGAAAAGCAUUAAAGCAGUUACGCUUUGUUGAGAAAAGGGCAAUAGCAGUUUGGCUGUUGACUGUUGUUAGGCAGGCAAUUCAAGAGAUGGAAAAAAAUGUUGGUAAAGUUGGUCAGUUUGGCAGGCCUUUUGCUGUUGUGGAUGAUAAAAGCACAAUACGGUGGAAACUUGGUGAGGACGAACUUUCUGUGAUACUUUAUUUGAUGGACAUUUCUGAUGAUUUGGUUUCAGCUGUCAAAUUCCUCCUUUGGUUGCUGCCAAAGGUUCUUAAUAGCCCCAAUUCUACCAUUCAUUCUGGGAGGAAUGUGCUGAUGCUACCAAGGAAUGUGGAAAACCAUGUUUGUGAUGUGGGAGAGGCUUUUCUGCUAUCGUCACUCAGGAGGUAUGAGAACAUUCUUGUUGCAGCAGAUCUUAUUCCCGAAGCUUUGUCAUCUGCAAUGCAACGUGCUGCUACUGUAAUUUCAUCUAAUGGAAGGGUUUCAGGGUCAGGGGCUAUGGCUUUUACUCGGUAUUUGUUGAAAAAAUACAGCAAUGUGGCUAGUGUCAUUGAGUGGGAGAGAAAUUUUAAAACUACAUGUGAUGCAAGACUUUCCUCUGAACUUGAGUCUGGUAGGUCAGUUGAUGGGGAGUCAGGGUUGCCUCUAGGAGUUCCAGCUGGAGUAGAGGACCAUGAUGAUUUUUUCCGUCAGAAGAUAAGUGGCAGUCGGUUACCAUCCAGAGUAGCUGUAGGCAUGAGGGACAUAGUUCAGCGUAAUGUAGAAGAAGCGUUGCACUAUCUUUUUGGAAAAGAUAGAAAGCACUUUGCUGCUGGUACACCAAAAGGUCCUUCUUUAGAAAAAUGGGAUAAUGGAUAUCAAAUUGCUCAACAAAUAGUUGUGGGUCUGAUUGAUUGCAUAAGACAGACUGGUGGUGCCGCUCAAGAAGGAGAUCCCUCUUUGGUCUCUUCUGCUGUUUCUGCAAUUGUUGGCAGUGUAGGUCCAACCUUAGCAAAAAUGCCUGAUUUUUCAUCUGGCAAUAAUCAUUCAAAUACAAUAUUGGCUACAAAUUCAUUGAACUAUGCCAGGUGCAUUCUGCGAAUGCACAUAACCUGUUUAUGCCUGCUUAAGGAAGCCCUGGGAGAGCGCCAAAGCCGUGUAUUUGAUAUUGCUCUUGCUACAGAAACUUCUACUGCUCUUGCUGGUGUUUUUACUCCUACUAAAGCAUCUCGUGCUCAGUUUCAAAUGUCUCCUGAAGGCCAUGAUACUAGUAGCACUGUUUCAAAUGAUACAGGAAGCAACUCUAAUAAAGUUGUGGUUGCAAAAACAACAAAAAUUGCUGCCGCUGUUUCUGCACUUCUUGUUGGUGCAAUUAUAUAUGGUGUUACCAGCCUGGAAAGAAUGGUAACAGUUCUCAGAUUAAAGGAGGGGUUGGAUGCAGUACAAUUUGUAAGAAGCACUAGAUCCAAUUCAAAUGGAAAUGCUCGUUCAGUUAUGGCUUAUAAGGUGGAUAGUUCAAUUGAAGUUCAUACCCAUUGGUUUAGAUUGCUUGUUGGGAACUGCAGAACGGUCUGUGAAGGGUUAGUGGUGGAACUCUUGGGUGAACCAUCUAUUAUGGCUCUUUCAAGGAUGCAACGUAUGCUCCCUCUAAAUUUGGUCUUUCCACCUGCCUAUUCAAUAUUUGCCUUUGUUAAGUGGCGACCUUUCAUCCAGAAUGCUACCGUUCGCGAAGACAUGAAUCAAAUUUAUCAGUCUCUUACAAUGGCCAUAACUGAUGCAAUAAAACAUUUGCCAUUUCGAGAUGUAUGUUUUAGAGACUGUCAGGGUCUUUAUGAUCUGAUGGCUGCAGAUGCCAGUGAUUCUGAAUUUGCAACCUUGCUGGAGUUCAAUGGGUCUGAUAUGCAUUUAAAGUCCACAGCAUUUGUUCCUCUACGCUCUAGGCUUUUUCUAAAUGCCAUGAUUGAUUGUAAGAUGCCACAAUCUAUUUCUGGAGCUGGUGAGUCUAAAAUUAAGUUCACAGAUAGUGAGUCUAAGCUUCAGGAUAUGCUUGUGCAUGUUUUGGAUACCUUGCAACCUGCUAAAUUUCACUGGCAGUGGGUUGCACUCAGGUUGCUUUUAAAUGAACAAGCCCUCAUUGAAAAACUCGAGAAUCAUGAUGUGUCCUUAGCUGAUGCUAUACAGUUGUCGUCACCUAGUCCAGAGAAGGCUGCUGCUGCUUCUGAGAAUGAGAACAAUUUUAUUCAAAUACUUCUCACAAGGUUACUGGUUAGACCUGAUGCUGCACCCUUAUUUUCGGAGUUGAUUCAUCUCUUUGGCAGGUCACUAGAGGAUUCUAUGUUGUUGCAAGCUAAAUGGUUCCUUGGAGGCCAGGAUGUCCUCUUUGGUCGGAAGACCAUUAGACAAAGGCUACAUAACAUUGCUGAGAAUAAAGGACUUUCUGUUAAGACUCAAUUUUGGGAGCCAUGGGGUUGGUGUAGUCCGUCUGCUGAUCCAUUGACUAUCAAAGGGGAUAAAAAGAAGAUUGAUAGCAUAUCUCUUGAAGAAGGAGAAGUUGUUGAAGAGGGAAUGGAUUUGAAAAGGUGUGUUAGAGGGUUAUCUCAAGUGCCUGAUUCUGAAAGCGCAAGCAGUAACCAGCAGCAACUGACUGAGAGGGCUCUUAUCGAGUUGCUUCUUCCUUGCAUAGAUCAAAGCUCUGAUGAAUCCCGCAAUUCCUUUGCAAAUGAUUUGGUGAAGCAGUUAAAUUAUAUUGAGCAACAAAUAACUGCUGUUACGGGUGGAAGUAAAACAGUGGGAAGUGCUCCUCCUGGAGUUGAAGGUCAGCCAAGUAAAGUAAAUAACCGCAAAAAUAUGAGAAAUGUAAAUGCGGCAUUAGCUAGACGACCAACAGUGGCAGUAGAUUCCUCUCCUCCAUCUCCUGCAGCCCUGCGAGCUUCUAUGUCAUUACGUUUGCAGUUGCUCCUGAGAUUUCUUCCUAUUCUUUGCACUGACAGGGAGCCAUCUGUGCGGAGCACAAGACAAUUUCUUGCCACUGUAGUUUUUCGUCUCCUUGGUAGCCGGGUUGUGCACGAGGAUGCAGACUUUUCAGUGAAUGCUGUGCCAUCUCUGCCGAGGAAGGAGGCAGAGUCAUCUUCUGAAGUUGCUUUUGCUACUUUAGUGGAUUCUUCUUCUGGGAAUCUGUUUGAUCGUUUGUUGUUGGUUUUGCAUGGGUUGUUAAGUAGUUAUCCUCCAAGUUGGCUUAGGACAAAGCCUGUUUCAAAGACAAUCAAUGAAUCUACAAGGGACUUUUCUGGAAUUGACCGAGAAUUGUUGGAGACUUUGCAGAAUGACUUGGAUCGUAUGCAACUACCAGACACUAUUCGGUGGCAUAUCCAAGCUGCAAUGCCGUUACUGAUCCCCUCUACACGGUGCUCUUUAUCCUGCCAGCAGCCAGCUGUUUCAAAUUCUGCUCUUGUUUCCCUUCAACCCAGCAUUACAAAUCCUGGGUUUAACUCCAGUAGUUCAACUGUUCCUCAGAGGAACCCAGUUCUAUCAAGGAAUGCAUCAGGGAAGUCAAAACAACAGGACAAUGACUUGGAAAUCGAUCCUUGGACGCUCCUAGAAGAUGGUGCUGGAUCAUACCCUUCGGCAGGUAAUACUGCUAGCAUAGGAAGUGGUGACCAUGUUAAUAUUCGAGCCGCCAGCUGGCUUAAAGGUGCUGUAAGGGUGCGACGGACAGACCUCACAUAUGUUGGUGCCGUGGACGAUGAUACUUGAUUAACAAUAUUUUUUGUUGCUGGUGCGUUUAUGGUUUGAUGCAUGAAUGGCAUGAAGAUGCCAUUUUGUGCUUGCCCUUGUGUUGAAGGGUCAUUGUUUUGGAAAAACAAAAAAGAAAGGGUGUAGGGAUGGAUUCUUUGUAGAGAAGAGGUGAUGUCCUCACAGCUCAUGCAAUGGUUGAUUACUAACAUGUUGAUCACCCCAUCUGAAUUGUGCACUUGUUGCCACAGUUCAGAGGUUUGUUGUAUAUAUAGGGAUGAUUGUUUUACUUUACCAAUUAAUCUGUUGCUGUUUCAUGCUCAUUUUUAUGUCUAUGCACGCUUGUGUGCGCAUCGUUUAUAGCUUUUAGGGGCACAAGCACACACAACCAUUGUUACUUUCCUCAUAUUCAAAUUGUUAGAGUUAUGUGCUUGAUCUUGAUCAUCACCAUUAAUUGCAACGUUCUAUUAUUUUGCUGGCAAAUCCAGAGAUAGUUGCAUUUC